AUGGCAGAGUACAGAGAUACCUGGACACACCUUAAAUAUCUGCGAAUAAUAGUAGUCACAGUAAGGUGUGUUCUGUCUUUACGACUCGGUUAAGUGUCCAACUGUGUAUUUUUCAAUUAUGCUGCGAGUAGCUGUUGUAUUGGCGGUUCUGUCCGUUUCCUCCGCUCAGUUUUUCAACAACUGGUUCGGCAGCCAGUUCACCUGCCGUGUCUACCAACACAGGGACUGCUCCACAUACGAUAUACACGAGGAAUGUGGAACUGAUGGGGUCACGUACAAGAACAGAUGUGACUUUACCAAGGCUCGCUGUCAAGACAGCGUCAUCGACGUAGCCUAUUACGGUGCCUGUGACAACCGCACCAUAACAGGGGGCCCAGUGCUCUCUGGAGAAGAGGCUGUUCUGGACUUCUUCUGUCUGGAGAUCUCCCACGAAGACUGCCCCGCUGAUAAAGAUGAAGUGUGUGGAACAGACAAAGUCACCUACGACAACUUCUGUGAAUAUGAGAAGGCAAAAUGCACCCACAGGGAUCUUCAUGUUAUCACCUUCGGAACAUGCCCUGUCUAAACACUUACAUUGCGUGAUCAGCAUGGGACAGAACAAGUGCUAACACAUACCACUUGUAAUUUUGAAACAUGAAAUAAAUAAAAUCCAAACCA